AUGGUAAAUAGAAUACAACAUGUUAAGAAACUUAUCAAACGAUACAAAAGAGACAAAAGAUAUUUGACCUCAAGACUUGAUGAGUUGGGUGAUAAUUUUCGAGAUGUUCAAGUUCCUUUACUCUGGGAGGAGGAUCAAUUGUAUGGCAGCAUAAGGACACCAGGAAUUUUUCAUGGCACUGGUUCUGAUUCUGAAGCUGAAGGCAAAAGUAGAUUAGAGUGUAAAUCAGCUUUGUCUUCAAUACAACCUCUGUUACAGGCACACGGUCUUGGUAAUUUAGAUGCUAAAUCAAGAAAGUUGAAACUAGAUAAAGAGAAAGACCCUAAUGCACCAAAGAAACCAGCCAAUGCUUUCCUUAUGUUUUGCACCACCCAACGCACAUCAGUUCAAGAAGAGUACUUCAAGGAGCAUAAUGAGGAGAUCGCACAUCAUGAAUUGACUAAAUCAUUAGCACAGCAAUGGAAUGCCCUUGUUCCAGAGGAAAAAAGACUGCGCAGGCCAUUUUCUCAAUGA